GCUGUCCUGCAGGCCUGCCUGCCUCUGCCCAGGCGGGGCGCUGGCCCAGGUGAGGCCCCUGGUGCCUGGCCCGGGUCCCCAGGCUCUGCGCCUGGAGGAGGAGUUCCAGUAUCAGGCAGACGCCAGGGUUUCUCUGGCAACAUCAGGGCGGCUUCCCUCCCAUCCUGGCGCCCGGCCUCCUGCAGGCCCGGAGGCCUGGGUGCCCUGGCCCCCCCGCUCCGCUUGCCGCCCGCUUCUGGACCACUGCCCUCCCAGCCCUCCAGCGGGGAAGGCAGGCUCUGUCCACUGGCAGCCGAAGAUGAUGCCAUGGCGGCCGUGAGGUGGCCCGAGCCCCCCGGGCAGGCAGGCGCCCUGCGGGGAUCUCCCCCCACAGCCUGGUCUGACUACACUGAGGAGCCUGGCCGCCGGAGGCAGGCCUGCAGCGUCCCCAUGUGGUUGGCCGACGAGGAGGCCAAGGAUGGGGACAGCUCCGUGUCAUCGGGCCGCCUCUCCGGCUCGUCGGGGGGCCACGAGUCAUGCACCCCGCCCCACAGGACUUGGACCGAGAGGGCCCCCCAGGUGCCAAGGCCCCCGCGGCAGCCGAGAGAGAGCAACCCCCGACUGGAGCAGCUGCGGGACAAGAUCCGGGCCCAGGCCCAGCGGCAGGCGAGCUGUGCCUCACUGGGCACCUCGACACCCUCCAGCGCCUCACACCUCUACAAAGCCCCCAUGCCAGCGCCCCGGAGGAAGGCCCGAAAGCCGCCAAACCCCCCUCCAGCCCCGGCCUACCCAGGCAUCCUGAGUGGGACUGAAAGUGGAGUCGAAGAGAAGGCGACCCCCGGCCAGGGGCGUGAGACCUCCCGGGUCUCCCAGCACCAGGCCUCAGUUGCACAGGAAAAAACCAAAAGGAUGAAAAGUAGUUCUUGCAAAACAGAGAAGGCCCCCAAGCCGCCUGCCUCUAGGAGAGCUGCCAAAGACACAGAUCACAGCAAGAAGGUUGGAGCCCCCGAGAGCUCCCCUGUCCACCCCGGGAUGCCAAGUCCAGCCUCCGUCCGCAGUGACCUGCAGAUGCCCGCAGUCAAUGUGCCCACCCUGGCUUCCCGUGAUCCACCCGUGAACGUCCAGGCUGCUAUGGCGGUCCUUCGAGACCUCCGCCAGCAAAUCCAGGCUGGGCUGGAGCUGGCCCGGUCCCGCCACCCGAGCCGAGGGCUGGAGCUGCACAGCCUGGCAGGGAGGAGGCAGUCAAGCCCCUGGAAACCCCCAGACGUCCAGGGCUCCUUCUGGAAGAGCCCUGAGGCCCCGAUGGAUGGGCUGCCCACUUCUGAGAGGGCUGGGAGCCUCCCUGCCGCACGGCGCUGGAGCCCUGUGGCCGAGUGGGAGUCCUGUCCACACAGGACCUGGGCGGCCCCAGGACGGGACACCUCCUUCCAGAGAUGCAUGAGCCCCACCAAAGGGCUGAACUCCUUCCCCCAGCGGCCCUGGAGUGCCUCGGCCAGGCAGGCCUCCUGCCCACCGAAGACCUGGGCGUUCCAUGGACGAGACCCCGCCUUCCAGAGGCCGGGGAGCCCCCCCGAAAGGUGGGUCCCCAUCCUGCAGCGGUCCUGGAGCGCCUCAGCCGGGCAGGCCUGGGGUCCGCAGAGGGCCCGGACCACUUCUGAAGACCUGGCGGCCUCCGCCUCGAGGCCAUGGAGCCCUCUGGAAAGGCCGAGCCAACCCACCUGGCGGCCUUGGAGCGCCUCCUUCACGCAGGGGCCCAGCCCCCUGUAUCAGGGCAGGGGUCCCCUGCGGACCCCCUUGGGGGCCAAGCUCGCCUGGCCGAGGCCCAUCCAGGGUGCCUUUCGGAAUGCGCCUGAGAAGGAGAAUGAGGUGCGGACACCUCGGCCCUGCCCCAAGCCCCGGGGGGCCCUGGGCCCCCUCCACAGCUCCGAGUCCCUGCGUGAGUUCAUGCGCCAGAAGACUGUGGCCUGGCGGCGGCAGGCCCUAGAGGAGAAGGCCUCGGCCAUGCGCUCGCUGGAGCUUAGAAACCAGAGGCUGCAGGACGCCCACAGGAAGCAGAGGGAGGCCGUGCUGGGCAGAGCCAUCCCUGUGGUCUCCCAGACGACCCCCGGCAUCGUGACCUUCGUCCCGCACGUGGCACAGUCCAGGGAUCUGGAAGCUGCCGCCGGGCCGGGGGUGCCAGUGCUGCAGUGGAGCAAGGUGACUUCCGGCAUGGUGCUGGGGGACCAGGAGGCCCCGGGCAGCUUCUGCCUGUGUUUGAACAGAGCCUUGAACCCCACCAAGACUCUGGAGGUGGGAGGCCCCCAAGAUGGCUGGGAGGGCGCGCCCCUGCUGAUGCCAGCCAGCUCCUCCCUGGGGCCCCUGAAGUUCCAGGACCUGAGCACGCACUGCCGGAGCCCGGGGCUCUGCAUCUACCUGGACCCUGAGGAGUCGGAGCGCCUGGGCAUGCCGGGCCCCCUGCACUUCCGGUACAAGCAGGCCCGGCUGCAGGCCCUGGAGACCAUGGCCAACAUCCUGAAGCAGCGGAUCGACGUCCUGACGGACAAGCUGCGCCGCUCCGAGGCGAUGGACGCGCUGGUGGGGCCUGGCCCGGGGCUGCUGCCCUCCGACGCCAGCACGCCGGCCCGCCCCGCAGCCCUGGUGCCCAACGUGGGCCCAGGGGCGCCCUGGGACUGGGCAGGGCUGCGGGCCAGGCCGCUUCUCUCCACCACUGGCUUCCGGGACAUGGAGACGGUGCACUGGAGCCCUGGCUGGGAGCGGCCGCAGAGCACGAGCCCCAGGGCCCGCCACGCCAGCGAGCCCAUAGGUUUCACGGACAAUGGACGCUCCGAGCUGGAGGGGAGGCUGGCAAGAAACGUGGCUUCUUUCCAGGCCCUCAGCCCCUUCGCAGGGAGCUCACUCGGGGUGCCGGCCACGCCGGACCCCCGCGGCGGCUCCCUGCGGCUGGAAGAGACGCGCUCGGCCAGAGGGGCAGGCUUGGUCGCGCCCUGGACCCUCCGGAGCUGUGGUCCGCUGUCCGACGUCCGGCAGAAGUCGCUGCGCUUCCUGGAGUCCCUGAAGCCGGACCGGCGGGAGCAGGGACAGGCACUGGCCCUCCUUCGGCGGCAGGCGGAGCUGGAGGUCUGGGAGACGCAGAAGGCCCUGGGGGAGCUGCUGUCCAGACCCAGGCUGGAGCGGCUGCGGGAGGAGCACUCGACCCAGGCCAGGCCAGGGGCGGCCUUGGAGCUGGAGCGGCCACAGGUGCAUGUGGAUCCGGAGCCAAGGACCUCUCAGAGCGCCGCGGCAGCCAGGCCCAGCUCAUACCCACUCCCGGGCCGAGACGCAGCCGCGCCCUCCCCGAGUCCCCAGGAUGGAAAGAAGAGUUGGGCGGACGCGUCAGCUCACACGGAGCCCGUGCAGGAAGGGAGACCAGACCAGCCCCACUCCCAGCUGCCCCCAGCCAGGCUCUACCCCUGGGAGGAACCCAGGUUCCAGGGGAGCCGGACGAGGCCCCGGAGCGCGGCGCCGGUACCCUUCAGCCGCUUCACGAUCCAGAUGCUGGAGCAGAGCUUGCGGGAAGAGGACCUGCGCGCGCGCCACCAGGCCGCGCUGCUGCGCCUGCGCGAGAAAGCGCUGGAGGAGAAGACGCGCGCGGAGCUGGCCUGGCUGGAGCAUCAGCGAGGGUAUCUGAACAGCAUCGGCAGCUACACAGCGCUGGUGGCCUUGGCGGAGAAGCAGCAGCAGGCCCUCAGCCACCUUGAGCGGGAGCUGAGGGGCAUCCGGCACCUGCGGACCCUUCACCUGUCCUCCCACCGAGAGAGGAAGCUGCUCCUGCAGCAGCAGAAGGACAUCGUCUCCGUGCAGAGGUCCGCGGCCCUCCUGCAGCAAGAGCUUCAGGACCGGACCCGGCUGCCUCAGAGUUCCAGCCCUGAAGUCAAGGCCAGGCGGGAGGAGGGCCCCGGGACAAGCCCCCAGCAGCCGGAGGGGCCGGCCCAGGGCUCCUCACACGCCCGGCACACGCCUGGUAGCCCCUUCAGCCAGCACCCGCAGAGGAGCGAGAGCCCGCCAGUCCCGCACCAACUCGACGAGCCGCAGGACGGGACACCCCCUCUGGCAGCUUCAGCUGCAGACGGUCACCCGCAGCCUCCGAGGCUGGCGUGGGACGAGGACGCACCCGCAGCGGCUGGCCGACCUGAUGCCGGAGGCCAACCCCCGGAGAGCCACGGCCACACAGGCCAAGAGCCAAGGGGGCAGCCUGGUGUCCCUCUGCCGGGCCUUCCGCGGGCGACCUCCCUGGACACAGGAUGGCCACCAGGCCCAGCCUCUCCUCGCCCCCCUGCAGGUGGCUCCUACAGGAUGGCCGUCUCCCGUCCCCCCUUGUAUACACAGGCGGGCGACGUGGAGGGCAGCCUUCCUGCUGCUCAGAUCUGGUUCCUGCCGGUGAAGGAGCCACCCCUGGGAGACCCCCAGACCAGCCCCAGCCCCCGGCCGGCGGAGGAAAAGACCCGGGCUCUGACGGGAAGCCCAGCAUCACACUUCCAAGGCCAGAGUCCCUCUCUGAGUGCAGGGCGUCCCCACGGCCCCCAGGAAGCCCGUCAGGUGGCUGAAGGCGGCAGGAGUCCCGCGGGGUCGGAACCAGGGCCGGACUUUGCCGGCAGCCCCGUGGAGGGGCCUGCCCCUGUGGAGGCUGCUCAGAGCUGCUCAGGGGAGCAGAGGGUAGAGACCUGUCAGCAGGAGAACCCCCACACCCCUUUCUCCUGCCUGGAAGCUGCCCUGCUGACCUUGUCUCCUGGUGACACCCCCAGCCCCUCAAGGGCCCCGCUCUCGCGUGAGGACCAGUCCCCAGCAGCUGAGGUGGCGGCACCCCCAGCCCCGCACGAGAGUGGCCCCCCAGCCCGGCUCACAGCCCCUUGGGACCUGGGCUCCGAGUCCACCCCCAGCGCCUGCUCAGAGGCGUCUUCUCCACGGUCCACUGCCGCCUCCUCGGCGAGCCUCCCAUCCUGCCCUUCCCUCCAGGAGUUUCAGAAAGCAUCCGCCAUCCUGGUCCAGCUUUCCGAGAGCCCCACCUCCCUCUCGGAUGGGGAAGCUGGGGUUACUCUGGACACAGACCUCAGCUGGGCUGAGGGGCUUCCUGCUCUGGACUCCUGGGGGUUCCACCAGGGCGGAGGGCCGGAGACCUGGGAGGGGCUGGAGGGCACUGAGGCCCUUUCCGGGCACGGCUCUGGCACUGGGGCAGGCGGCCUGGCUCCGGCAGGGGGUCUCCCUGUUGCCCAGUCUCUGUGGUCGGGGUUGGAGCAGUCCGAGUUGUCCAGCGAGGUCUCGGGCCGGGAGAGCCCACGGGACCCUGGCGUCGGUGCCAGGCCAGCCCCAGGGCGCUGCUCACCUGUAGGACGCGCAUCCCACUUGGAACGGGCUGGGGUGCCCCUUGUCCUGCCUCCCUUCCUGGGCCCAGGGAAGGGGCGGGAAGAUUCUGGAACCAGUGGGAGCCCGACCAGUGGAUCAGAUACAGGAAAAGCUCAGCGGCGGUCCCGGGAGACUGCAGGAGCAAGGCUCCCAUCCCAAACCUCUUCCUCGGGUGAUUUACACUUGACCCUUUCCUUCCCCUCCGGGACCUUGGCCUCUGAGUUUGGCAAAAGAGGAGAGGCAGCGCUUCCGCGGGCCUCGGGUAGCUGCCCAGAGGGGCCCUGGGGCACUCACCCAAGCCCUUCCACUGAUGGGAAACCUCUACAGACCUCCUCUGAGCCUGAGGUCCUCUUGAUGCCAGGGGCUCCUCCUGGGGACCCCGGUGGGCAGGUAGCCCAGACAGCUGAGAGCUGGGCCCCUGGGUGUCGGGGAAGCAGAGCUCCCCCUGUCCUGGAGGAAGCCUGCAUUCCUCUGGCCGGCGGCGUCUUGCCUGAAAUCCUGUCCCCGGUAGACGAGGCGCUGUCCCACAGCAGCUUCAACCUCCCGCCCUCCAUCCAGAGGGACGCUUGCCUCCCUCCUCUGCCUCCCAUCCUCCCAGCGGACGGAGAGGCCGACCCUGCCAGCCUCCACUCAGAAGACUUCCCUACCCCACCUGAAGAUGCUGUGUGUCCUGAGGGCUCGCUGGACACCCCAGAGGAAGCUGCCUCCCUCAUUAUGGCAGAGUGGUCCUCCUUGUCUGGGGAGGGUCUGUCUGAGUCACCGUCCCCGGGGCCCCAGGAGGAGGCCAGGCUCUGCCUCGGGGUAGCAGGACAGGGCAGAAGCUUUGGGGAAGAACUGGGUGGAUCAGGUUCUGUUGGGAGGGACCAGGCCAUGGACAGCCGGUUGUCUGAACUGGUCAGCUUGGGGUCUCCCUGCUGUGGGGGAGCAGGGGAUGCCCCGGGGUGGCUCCCAGUGCUGUCAGCGCAGCCCCUGACCCUGUCUGGAGUGGCCUGUGCAUCUGUGGGGAGUCUGGCAGCUGGGGACCCAGGACUGCCUGGCUCCGGGCAGGGGGACCCUGCUCCGGCUCUGGGUGCCGGACCGCACGCUGCCCUCCCGGGCGUGGAGACAGCCGAGAUGGUGGACCUGCUGUCCGCCCAGCUCAGCAGCAGGAUCCUGAGGGACACCCUGGCCGUGCUCUCGGAGGCAGCCCCAGCAGGCAGCCCGGCGGCAGAGGGGCCCAGCCGGGGCAUGCGGGCUCACACGGCGGCCACUGGGCGGUCGUGGGGAAGGCUGGACUUCUGAGAAGACGGGGUGGUGGCGGGGGGCUGCGGGGACACAGACGUUGUCUGUGAGAGCCCCCUGCCUGGCUGGCCAUCGAAUGAGGCCUCCUAGACUCAGCAAAGUCCCGGACACGUUGCGAUGUGACUGUGCGUUAGCAUGUGCGUGUGUGUGAGCGUGCCGGGGGCGUCAGGAAGCCUGGACUUGCCCUGGGUGGGGCCACCUGUGGGCGGCUGGCUGAUACUGGGCCAUCAGUGGAUGAUGAUGAGUGAUGAUCAGUGGAUGACUGAGUGGAUGUCAACUGCAAAUUGGCUCUGACCCAGAGGUUAAGGUCAAAGGGUGUGUGGGACGCAUGCAGAUCUGGCCGGCCAAGAAAAGGUGAGGAGGUCACCUACUGGAAGGAGACGGUCCCAAGGAGAGGGGCGGGGAGCAGCCCCCCAGGGUUGCACCUAGAGACCACGUGCCAGGAUGGGUUGCCGUGGGCCUCAGAAGGGGCCGAGAGGAUGAGAGCGCAGCUUUGGGGGAUCGGGGAGGCCAGAUGCUGAGGCUGGGGGUUACGUCUGCACUGACACGCCCUCUCGGAUUUGCCUCGUUGGGAAACCAUCCGUGGGGGUGUUUGCCUGCCUCUGAUUUCUGAAGGAUAAACCUGGUGACUCCACGGCGUCCAGCUGGUGACUCCGGGUUGGGAGGUCUGUGUGCGUCCCCUUGUGCAGAUUAGAGGAGGCGGCAGCUCAGGGAGAAGUUCAUUUCGCCGGCGGCCAGGUCACCCUCUGCCCGGCCUCUGGGCUGGAGUAGACCCCUGCCUCCCUGAGGGUGCUCAGGACGCCUCCCGGAAGAAAUGAGAGCCCCUUGCCAGGCUGGCCGUCGAACGGGCCCUCCUAGACACAGCAAGGCCCCGGUGGGUUCCAGAGGCGGUGGCAUGUGGGCUCCUGCACAAGGCACUCCUGCAGGGACGGCCUCGCAGGUGUCCCCUUGCGAGAGCGCCUGUCCCCCUCAGCACCAGACUCAGGCGGGCAUCCAGGAAGUUGAUGCCCAGUCAAGCAGCAGGAGGGUUUCCCGUGGGAAGGAAGUUGGGAGAGGCUGAGACGGGAGGACGGGGCGAGACUGCCGGGCACGGGCCCGCAGGGACGUGGGUCUCAGUAGACUGGGCGGGGGAGCCCUCGGGCCACCUCGGGGUGAGACCAGGGCAGCUGACCUCCAGGGGCUGAAGGACAGCCCACUGCAGCACUGACCUCUCCCCGCAGCCACCCCACGAGCCGCUGAUGGGCGCUGAGGGGUCCCUGCAGCCCCCUUGUCCCCCAGAGCCGUGCGGAAGCGCCGUCGCCAGGGCACAGGCCGGUUCAGCCGGCCGCCCGCGUCCUGUCGCCGGUUCCCAAGCCUUGUCUGCAGCCACCCCGCCUUCCCCAGGAGGAGCAGAAGGCUGCAUUGUGUGUCUGUUGGUUCUAAUGCGAGAGCACCUCUGAGCUGCUGCUCCAGGGAAUUCACUGGAAACCAACACUGUCUUCUCAACGCCCCUGCUCUGUCCCUGUCCUCGGGGGGGCUGGCUCAUUUCAAUGUUGUCAGUCUUUCUCUCCUAAAUUGUCAUCUGCGCACUUGGAGGAGAAGUAGCUUUUCAGUGAGCCCAACAAUCAGCUCUUUCAUAAAAGGAAGCAGGGACUUCCCUGGUGAUCCAGUGGUUAGGGCUCUGCGCUUCCACUACCGGGGCGGCGGGGGUGGCAUGGGUUCAAUCCCUGGUCGGGGGCCUAAGAUCCCACAUGUCACACAGCAUGGCCGAAAAUUAAAUAAAUAAAAGGAAGCAGCUUUCAGAUCGGCUUCUAAACUUCUGAUGUGGUUAGGAUUUCUUGAGAUAAGGCUCACUUACGCUGCGCUUGAUCUCUCAGAAGUUACUCUCUGUGUCCUACGGCAGUCUCUCCCCGCCUGUCGUCUAAACCAUCCAUCAGUUAUCCAUAUGGGCUUCCCAGGUGGUAAAGAACCUGCCUGCCACUGCAGGAGAUGCGGGAGACCCGGGUUCAAUCCCUGGAAGAUCCCCUGGAGGAGGACAUAGCAACCCACUCCAGCAUUCCUGCCUGAGAAAUCCCAAGGUCAGAGGAGUCUGUCAAGCUACAGUCCAUGGGGUCACAAAGAGUCAGACGUGACUGAACACACAUCACUUAUCUACCUAUCAUCUAUUUAUUGUCUAUCCAUCAUCUAUCAUUUAUAUCAUCUAUCAGUUGUCUACCUGCAUCAACUAUAGCAUCUGUCCAUCCAUUCCCAGUUCUCAAAUUGGAAAAUACCUGCUUGACAGGGAGUCCAGAGUCAAGCAGUCAGUGGUGUGUUGGCCUAAGGGACAUCGAUGUCCUGGUGCUGGUCCAGGAUAUGACCCCCGUGAGGUCCUGGGAAGUCAGCUGUCAAGUCAGAAUGACAAGAAUUCCUCUCCCACAGCCCUCACUCCACUUUAGGAGAGGAACUCAUUCACUUAGCAUUUAUAGGACCCGGGGUAAGAGACCCAGACUUUCCAGCACUUGUC